AUGGGUGCAGCAGCACAUGCAGAGCCACCAGCAGCUUUUGGUGUUGCUGCCACAGCCCAGGCACGAGGUCUUUAUCCUCCGCAGGCAGACUCUUCAAUGCCAGGCAUGCCAGGCGCACAUGCGGCCCCCGGACAUGGCGGAUUGCAGCCGGGGCCGAGCACCGGCCAGGAUGCAUAUUCGGCACAGUUCCUCCGUGAUGUAGAGACCUUCAACUCCCCAAAUCACUUCGUGCGAUGUUCAGUCUCGAGGUUGCCCAACUCAGCAAGUGCCAAGCAGAGGUUGAACAUCCCUCUGGGUGUUGUUUUGCAACCCUUGGCGCCUCUUGCUCCAGAUGUGGAGCAGGUCCCCUCGGUGAACUUUGGUGCUGUGGGCACCAUAGUUAGAUGCAAACAGUGCCGAACAUACGUUAAUCCUUUCGUGCAGUGGGAGGCUAAUGGCCGUCGGUGGAACUGCAACCUGUGUGGCUUCUCGCAGCUAACGCCAGACACGUACUAUGCGAGUCUGGAUGAAUCGGGGAAGCGCAUGGAUCGCUUCCAGCGAGCGGAACUGCACAAAGGUGCAGUCGAGUACAUCGCCCCUGGUGAGUAUAUGGUCCGGCCUCCACAGCCUCCAGUCUUCAUGUUUGUCAUCGAUGUCUCGUACACCUCAGUCGUAACAGGACUGCUCAACACUGUUGUAGCAAGCAUCAAGGAGGCCAUCCAAUCAGGCAACAUGCCUGGAGGCCAAAGGGUCCAGGUGGGCAUAAUCACUUUCGACACCAGCCUGCACUUCUACAACUUGAAUUCCAACCUGAGUCAGCCACAAAUGCUUGUGGUCUCAGACCUUGAAGAUUUAUUCCUGCCAUUGCCCGAUGACAUCCUGGUGCCCCUGGCCGAAAGUGAGGCGGCCAUCCUGAACUUGCUGGACUCUUUGCCCUCCAUUUUUGGCGAGACAAAGGUCAACGAGUCCUGCCUGGGUUCUGCUGUGCGCGGGGCUUUCAUGGCGAUGAAACACAUUGGUGGCAAGCUGCUCGUCUUCGGUGCCUGCAUCCCCAGCGUGGGAGAGUUGGCGCUGAAGUCGACCCGAGACAACCCGAGGUUGCUUGGCACAGACCGUGAGGUAGAGUUGCUGCGGCCUGCCGGCAACGACGGGUACAAACAGUUGGCACAGGAGCUUACGCCGGCCCAGAUCUCUGUGGAGCUGUUCAUGGCACCGCAGGCCUACAUGGACUUGGCCUCGAUUUGCCCGCUGGCCAAGUACACUGGCGGCGACGUGCACUACUAUCCGCAGUUUAACAUCAACACCUGCUACGUCAAAUUCAAGAGUGAGCUCGUGCAUGUACUUACUCGCUACAUGGGGUGGGAGGCUGUCAUGAGAGUUCGUGUUUCACGUGGCUGGAAGAUUACGAAGUUUGACGGCCACCUAUUCAUUCGAGGGCAGGACCUUUUGGUGGUCCCCAACUGUCAUUCGGACCAGACCUUCGCCAUACAGAUUGACAUGGAUGACAAUGUCACACCAGACCCAGUGCUGUACGUUCAAAGCGCGCUGCUUUACACCAACAGUGAGGGUGAGCGACGCAUCAGAGUGCACACGUGGGCCGCGUUGACCACACCCAACUUCAACGACAUCAUCGGCUCCAUUGACGUGCAGGCAAGCGCCGCCAUGAUGUCGCACCAAGCCAUGGACCAGUCAAUCAAAAGCAAUCAGACGGAGGGCCGAAACAAGCUCAACUCCUUCUGUCAGCAAGUGGUCCAAGCAGGAAACGUGUGUCAGACAGAAGCACUGCAGUAUCUCCCUUUGUACAUCAUGGGCAUGCUAAAAUCUGCAGCCUUCCGUGCAACCAAUGACAUUUCGGCCGACUUGCGAACUUACAUCAUGAUGCGACUCGAGACAUUGUCUGUGUCACAGACAGCAGCAUUCUUCAAUCCUCGGCUCAUGGCAAUCCACAAUGCGCCUGAGACUUGCGACAAGCCAGACGAGCAUGGCCGGGUGCAGCUUCCGGAGAUGCUCAAUUUGACUAGUGAGUCCAUGACACAAGAUGGGGUUUAUUUGCUGGAGGAUGGUGAGUCCAUGUACAUGUGGAUCGGAAGGUCGGUGGACACCAGCUUCACACAAGCGGUUUUCGGAGUCAGCUCGUUUGAGCAGAUAGACACCAACUCAGCAGAAAGCAUUGUUGGGACCCGGGGCGACCCGCUGUCCAACAAGAUUGCGAACAUUAUUAGACAAGUGCGCAUGGAGAGACCAACACCUUACAUGCAGCUGCAUGUGAUUCGGCAGGGAGAGCCCAAAGAGAACAAGUUUUUCGCUGCGCUCAUUGAGGACCGGACCAUCGGCUUGCAAAGCACUUAUAUGGAGUUCUUGACGCGGAUGGGCUACCGCCCUGCGCCCGCUGGGGCACCACCAGCUGGUGCUGGAAUGAUGGCACCACCAAUGAGCGGGGCGUACUGA